GACAAUUUCGAAAUGGUGUUUUUUGGGGGUAUAGAGCACCAGGCUUGGGUAUACUUUAUUUUUUUUUUAUAUCUAUGUCUACAUCUAAUCUAUAUCUAUAUCUAUGUCUAUCUCUACAUCUAUCUCUACAUCUACCUCUAUAUCUAUUUCUAUGUACAAAGCACCGGGCUUGCUGUUAUUUACAGGGUAAAUUAUGUACAUGUAGCACCAGGCUUGAAAGUAUUUACAGGCUUGAUGGUAUCUACAGGGUAUCAUAUGUAUAUGUGGCACCAGGCUUGAAGGUAUUUACAGGGUAUAAUAUGUAUAUGUGGCACCAAGGCUUGAAGGUAUUUACAUGGUUGCAGAUAUUUACAGUCUUGAAGUUAUGUUCAUAGUCUUGGAGGUAUUUACAGGAUUACAUGUAUUUACAGGGUUACAUGUAUUUACAGGGUUACAUGUAUUUACAGUCUUGUACUUAUUUACAGUCUUGAGCAUAUUUACAGUCUUGAGCAUAUUUACUGUCUUGAGCAUAUUUACAAUCUUGAAGGUAUAUACAGUCUUGGAGAUAUUUACAGUCUUGAGCAUAUUUACAGUCUUGAGAAUAUUUACAAUCUUGAAAUUAUGUACACAGUCUUGGAGUCUUGAGCAUAUUUACAGUCAUGAGGAUAUUUACAGUCUUGAAGAUAUUUACAGUCUUGGGAAUAUUUACAAUCUUGAAGUUAUGUACACAGUCUUGGAGGUAUUUACAGAGUUACACAUAUUUACAGUCUUGAGGAUAUUUGCGGUCUUGGAGAUAUUUACAGGCAUGACAGUACUUACAUGGUAUAUUGUGUACGCAGCACCAGGAUUUGAGAAUUUGAGUGUUUUAGUAUAUGGUGUAAAGGGUAUAUGGCGUAAAGGGUAUAUUCUAGCACCAUGCUGGAAAUCUUACGAGACCUUUUCAAGAACCCAAAUAUAUAAGCGAUGUACUUUAAUGAAGAGAUAUAAACCGAAAUAUCAUAUCACACUCCCUACACUUGUUGGGGUGAUCAUUGUCAUCGCUCAGCCUAUUAGCGGUGUGCUAGAUAAUAAUCUUUUGUCAAACUCUUUGUGA